CGCUUGAGUGAGGGAAGGAGGCGGUCGUGGUUGUGAGGAAGAGAAGAAGAGAGAAGGUGAUAAAAGAGGGGAAAGAGAGAAAGAGAACGAAGAGAGGAGAAAAAAGAAAGAAAGAGAGAAAGAGACAAGAAGAAAAGAGUGGAAGAGAGGAAGAGACGAGAAGGAAAAAGAGGAAGAGCAGAACGAGAGACAGGAAGAAAGAAAAUAGAAGGAGAUAGAAAACAUGAAGAAAUAGUGAGAAUAGAGAGAGAAAAGGGAGAAGAAAAAGACGAAGAGAAAGAAAAUCAAGCAAACACAAAGAAUCCCCUUUUAUUUAUUUGCAUUAUUUUUUUUCUCGUAAGGUGAGAAAUCCAUUCUUUAUAUCAUUAAAAAAAAAAAAAAAAAAAAAACUUUUUAGAAUAUCCCAAAGUAAGAAAAAAAAAAAUUCGUUUCUCAUAUAUCCUAACGAAGAAAAGGGAAACGCAGCAAAGAUUAGGAAAGGGAUGAAAAUAAAAGUCUAAGGACAAGAAACGAAGCAACAUGAGCAAGGUGCAAGACGUGGCUGGCGUCGACAACCCCGGCUUCCAGAGUGAGCCGGGAGACGUGGUCAUCCCCCUCGAGACGGCGUCGGAGCGCCUCACUUACUCGUGGGAGAAGCUGAACAUCUUCGCCAGCGUGACCCAGGGCUGCGGGAGGAAGAAGACGGUGACGGAGAAGCACAUUCUGAAGGAUGUGACGGGCAUCUGUCGCCCCGGAGAGCUGCUGGCCAUCAUGGGCGCGUCGGGGGCGGGGAAGACCACGCUGCUCAACGCCCUCACCUUCAGGAGCGAUGCCGUCCUCAAGAUCAAAGGUUCCCUCUACGUGAACGGCAGGAAGGUGACCCCCACGCUGCUGACGAGCCGUUCAGCCUACGUUCAGCAGGACGAUUUGUUCAUUGGGACGAUGACGGUGAAGGAGCAGCUGGUUUUCCAGGCCAACCUCCGAAUGGACAAGGACAUCCCCACACACAGGAGAAUGCAGAGGGUGGAGGAAGUGAUGAAAGAGCUAAGCCUGGUCAAGUGCGCGGGGACCCUGAUCGGGAUUCCAGGGCGCAUCAAAGGCAUCUCGGGCGGAGAAACCAAGCGCCUGGCCUUCGCUUGCGAGAUGUUGACGAACCCCCCCCUCAUGUUCUGCGAUGAGCCCACGACGGGCCUCGAUUCCUUCAUGGCCAGGAACAUCGUGCAGGCCAUGAGGAACAUGGCCCAGCACGGCAAGACCAUUAUUUCCACCAUACAUCAGCCCAGUUCGGAGGUGUUCGAGCAGUUCGACCGCGUGCUGCUGAUGGCCGAGGGCCGCGUGGCGUACCUCGGCUCGACGGAAGGGGCUCUCGACUACUUCAAGGGCCUGGGCCACGUCUGCCCCGAGAACUUCAACCCCGCGGACUUCUUCAUCUCGACGCUGGCCAUUCAGCCCGGGAAGGAGGACGAGUGCAGGGACUUCGUGGGCCGAGUGUGCGACACCUUCGCCGCGAGCUCGACGGGGCAGGAGGUGGCGGGGGCGGCUAUGAUCAACGCCAGGUCCUCGGAGGCGAAUGCUGUGGGCGGCGCGGAUUAUGUGGAGAUACGCAAGUCCCCCUACAAAGCCAGUUGGGGAGCGCAGUGCAAGGCGGUGUUCAGGAGAUCAGCCAUGGAGAACAUUCGAGAACCGAUGGUGUUGAGGGUGAAGCUGUUCCAAACACUGCUGAUCUCGCUUUUGGUGGGACUAAUCUAUUUCGGCCAAGACAACGACUAUAUUGGUGUUUCCAACAUCAACGGCGCAAUAUUUUUACUUCUAACUCAGAUGAGCUUUAGCAACACUUUCGGAGUGGUGAAUGCCUUCUGCGCCGAACUUCCUGUAUUCCUUCGCGAACACUUCAACGGCAUCUAUCGCGUCGACGUCUAUUACCUGAGCAAGAACCUGGCGGAGCUGCCGUUCGGGAUCGUGCUGCCCUUGAUCUUCACCGCCAUAAUGUACUUCAUGGUCGGGAUGAAUCCGCUGGUGGACCGGUUCUUCAUCACGGUCGGGAUCCUCAUGCUGGUGGCCAAUGCGGCGGUGUCCUUCGGCUACAUGAUCUCGUGCCUGUCGAAGGACGUGAACGUGGCGCUGGCUCUCUCGGCGCCCUUGCUCAUUCCUCUCAUGCUGUUCGGCGGAUUCUUCCUCAAUUCGCAGUCGGUUCCCUGGUACUUCAUUUGGAUCAAAUACCUUUCCUGGUUCAACUACGGCAACGAGGCCCUGAUCAUCAACCAGUGGGCGGGCGUCCAGAACAUCACUUGCCCGGAGGACGGCGCCAACGGGACCGCGUGCGCCUCCACGGGCGAGCAGGUCAUCGCCAAUCUGGGCUACAGCGAGAAUAACAUGGGCUUGGACAUCGGUCUCCUGGUCGCCCUCAUCGUAGGCUAUCGUCUGGUCGGAUUCCUGCUCCUGCUGGCCAAGACCUCGAGGAAAGGAGUCAAGAACGUGGAAUAGACGACGUUAUUGUUGUUGUUUUUAUACUUGUUAUUCU